AAGCUUUACACAGAAGAGGAGAGAUAUGGAUCAGAUAAUGAACAAAGUUGGCUCUUACUGGUUAGGGCAAAAGGCAAACAAAGAGUUCAAUUCCGUCGGUGACGAUUUCAAUUCAUUGUCUAGCAGUAUUGAAGGAGGUACCAAGUGGUUAGUCAACAAACUCAAAGGAAAAAUGCAGAAGCCAUUACCUGAUUUGUUGAAGGAAUUUGGUUUACCAGUUGGGAUCUUUCCACAAGAUGCUACAAACUAUGAGUUCAACGAAGAUACGGGUAAGUUGACUGUAUUCAUCCCUGAGACCUGCGAGGUUGGGUACAGGGAUUCAUCUGUCCUGCGGUUUUCGACUACGGUAACGGGUUAUCUGGAGAAAGGGAAGCUAGCAGAAGUAGAAGGCUUGAAAACAAAGGUGAUGAUUUGGGUGAAAGUGAUUUGUAUCUCAGCAGACACAUCAAAGGUAUAUUUCACAGCUGGGAUUAAGAAAAGCAGGAACAGAGAUGCUUAUGAGGUAAUAAGGCCUGGUGUUGCCUCGUUAGGGUUAUGGCAAAAAGAAGCAAAGAUCUUGUUUCUCGGACUCGAUAAUGCUGGCAAAACCACCUUACUUCACAUGCUCAAAGACGAGAGAUUAGUUCAGCAUCAGCCAACGCAACAUCCAACGUCUGAAGAACUUAGUAUUGGUAAAAUCAAGUUCAAGGCUUUUGAUUUGGGUGGUCAUCAGAUUGCUCGUAGGGUUUGGAAAGAUUACUAUGCCAAGGUUGAUGCUGUUGUCUACCUUGUGGAUGCUUAUGACAAAGAGAGAUUUGCAGAGUCAAAAAGAGAGCUUGACGCUCUUCUCUCGGAUGAAGCCCUUGCAACUGUCCCCUUUCUGAUUCUUGGAAACAAGAUUGAUAUCCCUUAUGCAGCUUCAGAAGAUGAAUUGAGGUAUCACUUGGGUCUCACUAACUUCACCACCGGUAAGGGCAAAGUCGCACUUGGAGACUCUGGUGUUCGUCCACUCGAGGUUUUCAUGUGCAGCAUUGUCCGGAAAAUGGGUUAUGGCGAGGGAUUUAAAUGGCUCUCUCAGUACAUCAACUAAGGACAGACGUCAUGUCUUUUU